CCUCCCUCUCUCUCUCUCCCUCUCUCUCUCUCUCCAGGGCUGUCUGUGUGCACCGGGUGAACGAUGUUGGUGCGGAGGAGAAGGUGCACGUUGCAGUUCGAGCUGCUGCUGCUGCUGUUGCUGCUGUUGCAGGCGGUCACUGUGCGCUCUGUGUCCCGCAGUGAGUUAUUCCCUCACGGAGAGGGCGUGGGGGACAGUCUGGUGGAGCCGGGAGACGAUGCCACCUCCCAGCCUGUCAGGCUGAACCAGCACUUGCAUUUCUUUGAUAGAGCAGUGAGCAGCCUGUAUGUCGGCACAAAUGGAAUCCUCACUCUCGAUAAGCCUCCGCGGGAGGUCGAUUAUGUAGAUUUGUUUCCACCAAGGUUUGGUGCCAUUGCUCCAUUUCUGGCAGAUCUGGACACUUCGGAUGCACUGGGUAAGAUCUUCUACAGGCAAGACUCCACUCCGUACACCCUCCAGCGCAUUGCACUAAUGGUAAACCAAGGCUUUCAUCAGUUGAGCUUCAUUCCAGAGAACGCUUUUAUUGCCACUUGGGAAGACGUGCGUGCUUAUAAGGAUUUGCAACAAGGGGACCAACCACAAAGCAAGAGAAACACUUUCCAAGCAGUACUAGCUUCAGAUGAAUCCAGUUCCUACGCUAUCUUUCUGUAUCCUGAGGAUGGCUUGCAGUUUUAUGGCACCCAUGCCAAAGCUGCAAAUAACAUUGACUUAGAACUGCCUGCCAGAGUUGGCUUCAGCAGAGGAGAGAGCAGCUUUGUGCUGUUUACACUCGAAGGACCUUCUUACGCAGUUACAUCCAGCAGCGAGCAGUCUGUUAAGAACCUUUAUCAAGACACCAACUCUGGAAACCGAGGAGUUUGGGUUUUCCAGCUUGGGAGUUCAACUAACUCGACCAUUGUUCCUGGUGAGGUAAGCGAGCACCUUGCUGCCGAGUCCAUCCCCAAUGCAUUCAACAUUGCCGCCACCACCAUUGACCAUCCAAGCAGUCGUUACUUGGAUGUGGUUGAGAAUGGACCAGAAAAUGAAGACAUCGAACUAAAUGAAGAAUUUGCAACUCCUCUAGAGCCAGGGGUUUAUAAGAUUGACUCGCAGCUAGAUGUGAAAGAGCAGCCUCCCAAAUACCCUCACUACGUGGAACAUGUUCCAGUUCCGAACCCUGUGGAAGCACAACAGGUCCAGUUCGAGCAUCCACAGUUUCCCAACCAGAGGGUCGAACUCUUGGAUACAGAAUUUGAUGUGACCGGAAAUGUAUUUACAUAUAAUACAGAGAGACAACAAACGUGUGCUUCUAGCCGGGACGUGUGCUCCAAUCAUGCCCAGUGUAAGGACUAUCCAAAGGGCUUCUGUUGCCAUUGUAGUCCUGGCUAUUAUGGGAAUGGCAAACAGUGCGUAGCAGAAGGAUCCCCACAACGUGUGAAUGGCAAAGUGAAUGGCAAGAUCUUUGUAGGUAACAGCCCAGUGCCCGUGGAGAUUGAGGAUAUUGAUCUCCAUUCAUACGUGGUGGUGAAUGAUGGCCGGUCAUACACUGCUAUCAGCAGAAUCCCCACGGCUCUGGGCUGGGCACUGCUGCCUCUCUCGUCAGUGGGAAGCAUCAUUGGCUGGAUGUUCGCUCUGGAGCAGCCUGGCUAUGAAAAUGGAUUCAGUAUCGUUGGAGGCGAGUUCACGCGUAGAGCAGAGGUCACCUUCUCUCCUGGUAAUGAGAAGCUUGUUAUCACCCAACAGUUCAGUGGGAUUGAUGAGCACCACCACCUCACCAUUGCUACUACCCUGGAAGGGCGGGUGCCUGAUAUUCCCGCUGAAUCAACCGUGCACAUUGAGCCAUAUAAUGAACUGUACCAUCACUCCAGCUCUGCCAUCAUGACGUCCUCCAAUGUACAGUACACCAUCGAGCCUCCUGGAGGAGCCACUCAGGAACGCUCCUUUCAGCUGAAGCAGACCAUCAGCUUCCACAGCUGUAUCCAUGAUGAUGCCACGCGGGUCAUGCCGGCCACCCAGCAGCUAACUGUAGAUCGCACCUUCGUACUAUACGACCGGAACGAGCAGAUACUCCGAUACGCGAUGAGCAACAAGAUCGGGCCAGUCCGAGAUGACUCAAGUGACAUGAAUCAGAACCCAUGUUAUACUGGGACCCAUAGAUGUGACACAAAUGCAGCAUGUCGGCCUGAAGAAGGAAAUCGUUUUGUUUGUGAAUGUUCUGCUGGCUUCUAUGGGGAUGGGAUAAGCUGCUAUGAUGUUGACGAAUGCAGAAUCGAUUCAACAAUCUGUGGAAACCAUGCAGAAUGCAACAAUCAGCCCGGCACCUUCAGAUGUGAAUGUUUUUCAGGUUAUCAGUUUGCAGCAGAUGGGCGAACUUGCGUGCUGAUUCAACGGCCUGUGAACCCCUGUCAGACCGGUAUCCACAGCUGUGACUCACCAGAACGGGCUCGCUGUAUUUACACUGGUGACUCGGGCCACAUAUGCACCUGUUUGCCUGGUUUCACUGGAGAUGGCAAGUCCUGUGAAGAUAUUGAUGAGUGCCAGCCAAACCGAUGCCACCCAUAUGCUCAAUGCUACAACACUCCUGGAUCCUUCAGUUGUCAGUGUGGGCCUGGUUAUCAGGGCGAUGGGUUCCAGUGCACAGGUUCAGAGGGGGCAACGCAAUGUGAGCGUCACAGGGACAGUGUCCUGGAAAUCCCGGAACCAAGAGGACCCAGACCUACCCGCUACAUCCCUCAGUGUGAUGGGAAUGGGAACUAUAUACCUACCCAAUGCCAUCAAAGUACAACCAUCUGCUGGUGUGUGGACAAGAAUGGUGAAGAGAUUCCAGGAACCAGGACUCACCCUGGAAUCCGGCCCCCAUGUCUUGCCACAGUAGUUCCUCCUGUCGUAAUUGGGCCCACGACCAGACCAGAUGUCAUUCCACUCCCACCAGGCACACAUCUACUUUUUGCACAAAGUGGAAAGAUUGAACACGUUCCCGUGGAAGCUGGUGGACUGAAGAAAGGGGAAGCAAUGACUUUACUGCAUGUUCCUGAUAAGAUAGUCAUUGGUGUUGCUCAUGACUGUUUGGAAAAAAUGGUUUACUGGACUGACAUUGCAGGCCAUACCAUCAAUCGAGCCAGUCUUCAAGGAGGGGAGCCUGUUACUGUCAUCAGAACAGGCCUGGAAAGCCCUGAAGGAAUAGCUGUUGAUCACCUGGGCCGCAACAUUUUUUGGACAGACUCUGGGCUGGACAGGAUCGAAGUGGCUAAGAUGGAUGGAAGCCAGCGCCGGGUGCUAUUUAGCAGUGGCCUGGUGAAUCCGAGAGCUAUCGUUACAGAUUCUGCCAGAGGAAAUAUCUACUGGACUGACUGGAACAGAGAUGCUCCCAAAAUUGAAACCUCUUACAUGGACGGUACUAACAGAAGAGUCCUCGUGAAAGAUGAUCUUGGCCUGCCCAAUGGUCUGACCUAUGACCCAUUCACUUCAUUGUUGUGUUGGGCUGAUGCAGGGACCAGGAGGCUGGAAUGUAUGAGCCCCAAUCAGACUGGUCGCAGGAAGGUUCUUGAAGAUAUCCAAUAUCCCUUUGGCAUUACAAGCUAUGGAAGGAAUUUGUACUACACAGACUGGAGGAGGGAUGCUGUAAUAGCAGUGGAUCGCAUCAGUGGACGAGAAAGUGAUGAGCAACAGCCACGCAAGCGAUCCCGUCUGUAUGGAAUAACCGUAGCCUAUUCACAGUGCCCUCCAGGACGGAACCAUUGUGCUGUAAAUAAUGGAGGCUGCACUCAUCUAUGUUUAGCAACACCUACUGGACGGUCCUGUCGCUGUCCGGAUACGUCUGUGGGCGUGGACUGUGUGGAAAGGAACUAAGAGCCAAUUCCCCAGUCGAGUAUUUCAGGGAACUUCUGCUAAGUCAAACCUCUUCCGUCACAGCGGAUUCUGUCACGAAGCAGCCUUUUAAUUUUAAAAAUACCAUUUUCAGUAUAGAAUGUUUUUUUAAUGGUUUUAUUCACUUUUUAUAAUUGUUAAACUGUAAAUAUGUUUUCUUACAGUUCACUAAACUGUACUGCGAUUGGUGUUUUAGUUCUAACAUUUUAAUGGUGCUUAACUGUACUGUACUUCAUCGUGAAUAAAACCAGCACACCAGGUAUUAUGCUCUGUACAGCUCUUCAAAAUAUAUCAAAUAAAAUAGAAUUUUUUUGUA